GGCGGGCAGGGCGAUGCUGCUGGUGCUGUCGGCGGAGCACCGGGCGCACCUGGGCUGUUUGCCGCGGGCGGGCGGCGCAGGCGUGGGCGAGCUGGGGCGCCUGGCGCUGGAGCAGCUGCGGCGGGGAGCGGCACCGCGGGCCUGCGAGGCCGCCGCCAGAAAGCUGAACGUUGGCGUUGACACCAUUCAGCAUGGAGUAGAGGGACUAACGUAUCUUCUUACUGAGAGCUCCAAGCUUAUGAUUUCUGAGAUUGACUUUCAAGAUUCCAUUCAUGUUCUGGGAUUCUCAGAUGAAUUGAACAAAUCCUUGCUCCAGCUGUACCUUGACAACAGGAAGGAGAUCAGGACCAUUCUUGGAGAGCUGGCACCGAGGCUGCCCAGCUACCACAGUCUGGAGUGGAGACUGGAUGUGCAGCUUGCAAGCAGAAGUUUGAGACAACAGAUCAAGCCUGCUGUGACCAUGAAGCUACAUCUUAACCAGAAUGAAGAUCAAACUGCCCAGGUGUUGCAAACUGACCCUGCUACCCUCCUCCACCUGAUCCAGCAACUGGAGCAGGCACUGGGGGAGAUGAAGACAAACCACUGCAGGAGAAUAGUGCGCAACAUGAAAUAGCCUCAAGUCCUGCCUGCUCUUGGACUAAGCAGUUUGUGAAACAGCUCAAAACAAUGCUCACAGAUACGUUUUGAGGAAUAAGAAACAUCUGGAUCAGAUGAACUGCUUUCCUGUGCCAGGAUCUUGAGCCAGUAAUUACAGGCCAAAUGUCCUCGGCUGCCAGCUUUGCAAACCUGACUGGUACAAGAUAGGUAAUGGGGUUUGCUUUACUUGCAAAUGGAGGCAUUCAGCAUACUAUGCUGAGAAUUCCUUUAGUUCCUUUAGUUCUAAAUUACUAUAGAUCUGCUUGAGCUUUCCUACCUUAGGUAGAAUUGUCUCAAUAUUAUACGAAGCUGCAUAUUUAUAAAUAAUUUUUUCUCUUUUGAAAUAUUUUUUAAACCCUUACAGUGGUGGGAAUGAUACUUUGCAGGAAGAUUUCUCCCGUGUGGACUCAGGUGUGUGUAAAAGCCGAUGUGGGACUGCUGCCCUUUUCCUGCAGAGGGGGAGUGCGUCAAUGUGGGCUGGUGUGACACUGCUGCUCUGCCCUUCUCACCUAUAACCAAGCUAACAUUCCGUUAGCAGAGCCUGCUGUGACCCCCCAGGACAGCUGAGGCUUUCUGCAGCCGGCCCAGUGGCCUGCACUGGGUUGGCAAACUGGUUAUUUGUGAGGGUGGUCUGAAAACUUGCAAAAGCAGAGCUGUGGGUGAGGAGGCAGGUAAAGAAUAGUGUUAACCUCUGCUAACUCUGGUCUUCGUGCCCUGAUGCUAUGGUUUGCGUUCCCCUGUUCGGGUCGUGCUCAUAAAGGCAAGACCGGCUAUUGCAACCAAAAUUAUGCUUUUCCAUCGUUAAGAAAAAUGUCUAAUAAAGAUGAUGUCAAAAGUCACUUUUCAGUUUUAUUUUAAUGCAGUAUUUUGCAGCUUUUGUGAGUAGGAUUGAAUAGUUUUAGUAAUCAAUGCUCUAGUGUCUGAGGGUGCAUCAUAAAGGCCCUAAAGUAUAUAGGAGAGGAUGAAAAGGCGAGAGAGAACCAUAACAUACAGAUUCUGGCAAUAACUAUAUUCACUGUCUUUCAUGGCAACACCAUAAACUUCUAUUUUAAAUAUGUUUUUACAUUCAAAACUGCAUUCUUUUCUUUCUGUUUUGAAUUUUUGUACCUCUGAGAGGUACUAUUUCAAAUUAAACCUGCAUGGCUGAAGUGCCUUAAAAAAAGUUGUCAGGAACCUGGAGUUGCCUGUUCUGCAGAUGCUGUGCAGUGUGGCAGCGGUGUGAACAAACUGAAUUUCCUCUUCCCGUGCAUCAGCCAUGUGUUUCUUUUAUCAUCCAUAUGUGGUAACCCUUUUCAUAGAAUCAUCUUCAUAUAUAAUACAUGGUAAUUAAAUGUCACUACUUGGGA